AUGUUUAUCCAUCGUUAUUUUUCUGUCGUCAAACCUGAGCAAUUAUUCUAUUUUCAAGGAAAACGAAUAACUCUUUGGAUUAUUUACUCAUUUCUAAUCGGUUUAUCAUGUUGUAUAGCAAAUUCAUAUUUUGGUGCUCCAGAUGAUUAUUCAUCAAACUACGUCUAUUCAGAAUUUCUAGAAGUUUAUAAUCGUUUUAUUGAAGAAACCCCAGCUGUCAUAGUUAUUCUAUUCGAUGCUGAUGGGAAGAUUCGAUUAAGGAAUCUGAUUUAUUUGAUGUUUUGUUUCAUCACAAUAUUUAUUCAGAAUUUUAUCAUUUUCUUUUGCGGUUUCAAAAUUCGUCGUAAAAUGUAUCACAAAAACAAUAAUUAUUCUCCAUCGCUCCGUAAACUUCACAAUCAGUUCUUCAAAACUCUGAUUUUCCAAGUGGCUACUCCAACUAUCCUUCUAGUUAUCCCAGUAAUGAUAAUCGCAUGUCUCCCAUUUUUCCAAUUCGAAAUUAGUUUACCAACUGGUUUUUUAAUAUGUUUUUCUGAAAUUUAUCCAGCUAUCGAUUCAUUGAUUGUUAUGUAUAUAAUCACAGAUUAUCACAAAGCUAUCAAAGGUGAAUUGAAUUGAGAGAAAAAAUGUUUUAAAAUUGUUCUUUUCAGAUUUUUUCAAUGAUAUGAAAUACUAUACAUGCUGUUAA